AUGGCGGCGAAAUCCGAUGGCGGUGGCGUGGGGGUGGGCUUCGCCCAGCUGCACAACCUGGACGAGGCGGUGGGCAGCGGCGGCGAGGAGGACGGGGAGCCCGGGGGAGGCGGCUGCGGCGGCGGCGGCGACGGCAGCGAGCCCGGCGAGAGCAGCUCGCUGCACAUCUGCCACUGCUGCAACACCUCCUCGUGCUACUGGGGCUGCCGCUCCGCCUGCCUGCGCUCCCUCCUGGGCAAGAAGCCGCGCCGCAGCGCCGCCGCCGCCGACGGGGGGGACCAGCCGCUGCAGCCGCCCGCGGCCGCCGGUCGCCAACCCCCGACGCCCUCGGCCGAGCGGCCGCAGCCGCCGCAGGUGGAGCGGCCGUGGCUCGACUGCCUGUGGAUCGUGCUGGCGCUACUGGUCUUCUUCGGGGACGUGGGCACCGACCUGUGGCUGGCCCUCGACUACUACCGCAAGGGGGACUACGGCUACUUCGGGCUGACCCUCUUCUUCGUGCUGGUGCCGUCGCUGCUGGUGCAGAGCCUGAGCUUCCGCUGGUUCGUGCAGGACUACACGGGCGGCGGGCUGGGCGCCGUGGAGGGGCUCAGCAGCCGGGGCCCCCCCAUGAUGGGGGCCGGCUACGGCCACGGCGCGGGGCCCUCGGCCACGCCGGGGGCGCAGCGCCUCUGCCGCCUCUCCGUGUGGAUCUGGCAGUCGGUCAUCCACCUGCUGCAGAUGGGGCAGGUGUGGAGGUAUAUCCGCACCAUGUACCUGGGGAUUCAGAGCCAGAGGCAGAAGGAACACCAGCGACGCUUCUACUGGGCUAUGAUGUACGAAUAUGCAGACGUUAACAUGCUGCGCCUCCUGGAGACCUUCCUGGAAAGCGCCCCCCAACUGGUGCUACAGCUCUGCAUAAUGAUCCAGAAGAGCCGCGCCGAGACGCUGCCCUGUGUCUCCUCUGUGACUUCCCUGAUGUCCCUGGCUUGGGUGCUAGCCUCCUAUCACAAGCUGCUGCGGGACUCCAGGGACGACAAGAAGAGCAUGAGCUACAGAGGGGCCCUCAUCCACCUCUUCUGGCGCCUCUUCACCAUCUCAUCCAGAGUUAUCUCUUUUGCCCUCUUUGCUUCCAUCUUCCAGCUCUACUUCGGGAUCUUCGUGGUGGUCCACUGGUGCGCCAUGGCCUUCUGGAUCAUCCAUGGCGGAACAGACUUCUGCAUGUCCAAGUGGGAGGAGAUCCUCUUCAACAUGGUGGUAGGGAUUGUGUACAUUUUCUGCUGGUUUAACGUCAAGGAAGGGCGGACUCGAUAUCGAAUGUUUGCCUAUUAUACGAUAGUCUUGACCGAGAAUGCUGCCUUGACGUUCCUUUGGUAUUUUUACAGAAACCCAGAGACCACUGACUCCUAUGCGGUGCCAGCACUGUGUUGUGUCUUUAUUAGCUUUGUGGCUGGGAUUGCACUGAUGCUGUUAUACUACGGCGUGCUGCAUCCCACGGGGCCGCGAGCUAAGAUCUUUGCCAGCUCCUGUUGUGCCGAGCUGCUCUGGGGCAUCCCUUUGCCCCCCGAUGUUGAGCCCAUGGCGCCUCAGACCCCUGGGUACCGGGGGGCCCAGGUCACGCCUACCAGAGCCGUAACGGAACAACAGGAGGACCUCACGGCUGACACUUGCUUGCCCGUGUUCCAAGUGAGACCCAUGGGGCCCGCUACCCCGACGGGGCGUCCUUACCUCCCAGAAGGGCCCCUCAUUAAGAUUGACAUGCCAAGAAAGAGAUACCCAGCUUGGGAUGCUCAUUUUGUAGACAGGAGGUUGAGAAGGACUAUUAACAUUCUGCAGUAUGUCACGCCCACCGCGGUGGGCAUCCGGUAUCGGGACGGACCGCUCCUUUAUGAGCUGCUACAGUAUGAGUCUUCGCUCUGAGAGCAUCCUGACCCAAGUUGAGAAGGGGACCUGAAGUGUGGUUUGCGGUAAAGCCGCCUGCAAGAAAUAUAACCCUCCCUUCCCCCAAAACACAGAACACCACCAC